AACCAUCAACUGAAAAUGAGCGGCAGAGGAAAGGGAGGAAAAGGACUCGGCAAAGGAGGCGCCAAGCGCCACCGUAAAGUCCUCCGUGAUAACAUCCAGGGAAUCACCAAGCCCGCUAUCCGCCGUCUGGCUCGCCGUGGUGGAGUGAAGCGCAUCUCCGGUCUGAUCUACGAGGAGACCCGCGGUGUGCUGAAGGUCUUCCUGGAGAACGUGAUCCGUGAUGCCGUCACCUACACCGAGCACGCCAAGAGGAAGACUGUGACCGCCAUGGAUGUGGUCUAUGCCCUGAAGAGACAGGGACGCACCCUGUACGGCUUCGGAGGAUAAAAACCGACUUACCAACCAACACCCAAAGGUCCUUUUAAGGGCC